GUAUGUGUGGUCAUCAAAGAAGGGGAUGACCUUGACCCUGUGCGCAGGUAUGUAUUAUAAGAAUGCUAACUUUGGUAACAAGGGAACACAUAUCUAAACUAAAAAGAACAGAAUUUUUUUUUAUUGCACACACAAGAAGUUUCUCCCUACCCCUCGAUGGGAAAUUAAUUCUCUGAAAAAGUGAGGAAAAUUGUUACUCAUAUCUUCCUAUAUCCUUGCCCAGAAAUACUCCCUGUUAUAAAAGAAUGUGGUCUUCAUGUUAGCUAAAAAGUUUGUACUUUGGUUUCAGAUUUGAAUUUCGUUAAUAAUAUUUAACAAUUAUUGGAUGAGGUUAGGGAAAAUAUCGUGAUUUGUCUGCGAGACACUGACAAAUCACAAUAUUUUGUGAGUUUGUUCUUUAAUGAUAUAAUAUCUUCGGAAGCGAAGCAAUCUGCCAUUUUUGCACACAAGAGCGAUCCCAAGAAGGAGAAAAGCGUGGUUCAUUUACGCAUGAGCAGAAUAUUAUUUGCAGCCAAACAAAGUUGGACAACAUUGUGCAUGAGCAGACCAUUAAUUAAAGGCAGUUAUUUGCAGGUCAUGUGGUGGGCUCUUGACCAAUAUACAUUUUAUUAGUUUGUGUAGUUUUUAAUUUAUUGAUAUUGUGUUUUAAUUUCAUCAUUUCGUAGAAUGCUCAGCUUUUUGGGGAAUACCCCCAACAUAUAUUUUUGGACUGCCAAAUGGGGGACAAAAAGUGCCAGACAAGGUAAAUAUUAAAAUAAAGGUACAUAUAACCACAACAUUUGGAGAAGUCCUGUUGAAGUGAGAAGUGGUGUCGAGUAAAGACAAAUCUUAGCACUAGUUCAAAUCCUAAAAAGCAUCUUUCUAUUUGUUUCAACUAUACUAACUAUGAUAAUCCUUGCCUGCACGUCAGUUAUUCACAUUAAUUUCAGUCAUAAUAUUAUUAAUUAUGUUACAUACGUUAUUGCCUAUAUUUAUCACAUAAUUAUCUCAAAUUUGCAGUCUCAGAUAAAUUUGGCUCGAGUAGCCCUCAAACAGAGGUGUUCAUCCUUGCACCGACGACAUCACGACCAGUUCUCAUGGAGCGGUAUUCUGGUAAGCUACCAGCACAGUUGCUUAAAGCUAUUUUGGCUAUUUUCGUUAGGAUUAUUUAUUUACAUGCUAUUAUUCUUGGCAUGUGUUCUCUUUUUCAAGUUUAUCACAUAACCAAGCCAUACCAUAAAAUACUACACAAAAAAAUCCAUAAUUUGACAAUGUUUGACAGAAAAAGCUGAUGCAUUUAUAGCAGUACUUGACUAUUUAUUACCAGUGGGUUCAUUGUUAACAUUUUGCAUUCUUGUUCUGCAUUAAAGGAGAUGCUUUGAAAACGGUUAUGCAACAAGACGUAAUGAAUGCAAUAAACCAUGGACAUAUUUCACUGAAAGGUCUAAAAAGUGAAAGGUAA